GUGGUUGAAAGUCAAGUCAAUUGCUAGGGCGAGCGUAAGCAAUGGCAAUGGCGACCAUGGCGCUAUCCCCGUCGAGUUUCUGGGCUAGCGGGCGCUUGUCUUCUCGCAAGGCAGUCGUGCUCUCACGCCCAGUUCCAAUUCACCGCAAGGUAAGCUGCUGUGCGUCUCCGGCGUCGUCAUUUGAGCCGAGCAAACUGGGACUGGGAGCAAAACUCCCCGGCAUUUCAUCACAGCUUGGAGCGCCUCCAGUCCCUCGCCUGGACGACCACCAGGACGUCACCGACGUGAGCUGCGAUGCCACCACACUCAAGCCCUCCAAGAGCGCAAAGAGGACGCGAGCGCUCCAGGGCUGCCCUCAGAAGAGGGGCAUUUGCCUGAGGGUGUCGGUGGUGACGCCCAAGAAGCCCAACUCGGCUCUCCGCAAGAUUGCAAAGGUCCAGCUCUCCAACAAGAACGUCGUCAACGCCUACAUCCCCGGUGAGGGCCACAAUUUGCAAGAGCACUCUUGCGUGCUGGUUCGUGGUGGCAGGGUCAAGGAUUUGCCCGGCGUCAAGUACCACUGCGUGAGAGGGACGCUGGAUCUCACCGGGGUCGCCAACCGCAAGCAGGGAAGAUCAAAGUAUGGCACGAAGAAACCCAAGGACGCUCCAAAGAAGUGAUACGGAAACUCGGAAAUCUGCCGUUGACCCUCGCGACGGUUUUUGUGAAUUAUCCAGAAAUGGUCUUGUAACAAAUUGAAAGUCCAUUUGAAAGUUGGAAUUUGACCACA